AACUAGUGAGAGGAGCGGGGAUUGCGGACAAGUGCUUGGCCGUUGGAUUCGUGUGCUGCUGCCCCUUCUAAUGUGUUUGGGAAGAGGAUGCCAGACUGCAGCUGACUGCCGCUUGUCCUGUACCGACUGAGCUGUUUUCAGCGCUUUGUGCCCAUCUACAUCUGCGGGAUCCCCAUCAUCACUGCUGCGCCCUGAGCCGUUCAGCACUAAUGAUGCAGGCGCGUUACUCAGUGGCAGAUCCCAAUGCGCUAGGGGUGGUGCCAUACCUGAGCGAACAGAACUACUACAGGGCCGCGGGCACCUAUGGGAGCAUGGCCACCCCGAUGAGCGUGUACCCGGCGCAUGAGCAGUACACUCCGGCCAUGGCCAGGUCUUAUGGGCCUUACCACCACCAUCAACAGGCAGCGCCCAAGGACCUGGUGAAGCCGCCCUACAGUUACAUCGCCCUCAUCACCAUGGCCAUCCAGAACGCGCCCGACAAGAAGAUCACCCUGAAUGGCAUCUACCAGUUCAUCAUGGAUCGCUUCCCUUUCUACCGGGAGAAUAAGCAGGGCUGGCAGAACAGCAUCAGGCACAACCUGUCCCUCAACGAGUGCUUUGUCAAGGUGCCCAGGGACGACAAGAAGCCGGGCAAGGGCAGCUACUGGUCCCUGGACCCGGACUCGUACAACAUGUUUGAGAAUGGCAGUUUCCUCAGGCGGAGGAGGAGGUUCAAGAAGAAAGACGCGAGUCGGGAGAAGGAAGAUCGGCUGCUUAAAGACCAAGGCAAAGUGCAAGGCCCCGUCCCCAGCCUGGAGCUGCCCAAGCACGAGAAGAAGAUCAUUAUCAAGAGCGAGUCCCCUGAGCUGCCGGUUAUUACUAAAGUGGAGAACCUAAGCCCCGGCGGUGGCAGUGCCAUGCAGGACAGUCCACGCAGUGUGGCCUCCACCCCCUCUGUCUCCACUGACAGCUCCAUCCCUGAGCAGCACCCGGCCAGCAAUGGCUUUAGUGUGGACAAUAUCAUGACCCUAAGGACUUCUCCUCAUGGUGACCUGAGCCCGGUACCUGCUAUUCCCUGCCGGACUGCCAUGGUGUCCUCUCUGCCCAUUAACUACACCGCCCAUACUCAAAGCUCUGUUUAUAGCCAGGCCUGCACCCAAAGCAUGGACACUAGUGGGAGCUUCCAGUGCAGCAUGAGAGCUAUGAGCCUGUACACUGGUGACAGACCGAGCCACAUGUGCGCUCCAUCUACCCUGGAGGAGGCCACUUCAGAACAUCACAACGGGACAAGUUCUCCUUUAAACUCCAUGAGCCAAGAGAGUGUGCUGACCUCUAGCCAUCACCAGCAAAAUGCCACUGGGGGACAGACUGCUGCACCCUGGUACCUCAAUCCUGGCGCAGACAUUGGGCACCUCUCUGGGCACAACUUUGGCUCCCAGCAGCAGACUUUUCCCAACGUUAGAGAAAUGUUCAACUCUCACCGGCUUGGGAUUGAAAGCUCAGCCCUCAGUGAGCACCAGGUGAGCGGUAACACCAACUGUCAGAUCCCUUAUAGAUCAGCGCCCUCCAUAUACCGCCACAGCAGCCCUUACGCCUACGACUGCACUAAGUACUGACUGGGGGACUGCUUUAUUACUGUGACUGCAACUAAACACUCUGGCCUGCAAUGUGGAUUGGCUUACUGAGUAGCAUGGACAAAAAAAACUCACCAACAAUAAAACCAUUACCUAUAGAACUACAUAGCCAUAUAUAUAUAUAUAUACAUACAUAUAUAGAGAGAUAUAUAUAUAUGCAGGUAUAUAUAUACACAAGUACAAUCUACUUGAAGUAUUGAGAGAUGAAGUUAAAGAACAAGUCAACCUUGUCCUUGGUAAUAGAAUCUAGAAUCUAAAUUAUAUGGACCAACAUUGUAGCAACUAUCUUUUGUACAGAUUUAUUGUUUCUGCGUUUAAGUCUAUCUCAUUUUUUUUAAAUUGUAUGUGGUGUGAAACAGGCGGAUACACAGAUCCCUAUAUUAUAAUAUUUAAAGUUGAGUUCACUGGAUAAAUUCUGUUGCCACCCGAUUGAAAGAAAUAUGACGUCAUUCCGUCUAAAACUGCAAAAAAAUAAAAUAACCGAUAGCAUUUCUUUUAAAAUCUAUUUCCUCCGUUUCUUUAAUGCAAACAUAAGAAUGUUAUUUAUUUUGGUGGGGGCAGAACAAAAAAAAUGUAAAGCCUUAAAAUUUUUACUGGCUCUCUGACCAUUCCCAAUAACUUUUUUUUUUGUUUUGUUUUUUUGGGGUUGUUUUAUUCGUUGUUUUGUGUGUCUUUUGUGGGCCUAAAUGUAUUUUACAUGAAAUAAAAGGUUAUUGUUUUACUGCUUUA